CAAAAAGAAAAACAAAAGCAUCUUUGGUGUUUUUUUUUUCGUAUUUCCAAACUUUUCAUUCAUUCACUUCGGAAUAUUCGGAAAAUCAACAUUUAGCUGGAAUCUUUAUUUUCCUGAGACGUUCGGUCUGUGUGCCUGCUGCUGCAAAUGAACGAAUUGAAAGCAGUGGCAUCGAUAGUUUAGUCUAUAUUUUCAAAUUAAGGUGGAAAGUUGUGAAAAAACGGAAAAAUUAAAGGAAAAUAUUGAAAAAAAUAAGAACAAAAUAAUAAAAAAUAUAUAUACCUAUUGUAUGUGCGUGUGUGUGUGAUAUAAAAGCAUUUAUAACAACAAAUAUUUCAAGAAAAACAAAUGUUGAUUUAAGAAGUAAAUGAAACAUAUUUAUCGAAAUCCUUGUUGAAGUGAUAUUAUGAGUGAAGUUUCAAAAGUGCCCAAUACCAGCCAAAAUGGCAACAACUCUCCCACACAUUCAAAAACCCCAUCUGUUUCAUCAUCAACAGCCACCGACACCUGCAAGAAAGGUCGAGAAUCCAUGUCGGAUGAGGAAAUCAUACAGAACAACCUCAAGGAAUUAAUGGAUAAGAAAAAUCGAGAGGAGCGCAAGGCCAAUGGACGUUUGGUAGCAGUCAUAUUAGCUUCGCUGGUGAUUUUUUGUGCUAUCUAUCAAGCGUGGAUAAGAAAAUCUGGCCUUUUAGCUAGAAUAUUAGUCCCGGCAGGCAUUAUGCUUUCAUUCACUGCCUGGGUUGUGGUAUUGGCUAAGAGAGACAAAGCUAAAAGGGCACUUUUUGAAAAGUACCUGGAAGAAGUUGCCCUCAAGAAUAAACAAGAACUGGAAGCAAAGAAAACCAAAUCACACAGAAAAGCCAAUGAUAGAAGAAAAUCCUCAAAUGAAACGGUGCUGGAGUACAUUAACGAGAUCAAUCACAAAGAAACAUCAGCCGAAACAUCUGUAGAAUUCAUAAAAACCUCAAAGGCCUUGAGAAGUAAAGAUCAUCGUAAACAUCGAAAACACAGAAAUCUGGAUGGCAUUCGAGAGAUUUCGCCAUCGCCAUAUUCGACAAGUACAUCGUCCUCAUCACGAAAUCCCUCGCAUUAUGCGCACAAAGAUUUACGCACUAAAAGACCGAGUAUACGACAAAAACUAUUUCGACAGACAGGCCAUUUUCACAUGGCCGCAGCAUUGGCGGCAGCCAAUAGCACAAACCCCCUGAUGCAAGCUGUUAUUAAUACAGCACCACUAUCCACGCCCGCCGGUGAAGGUGGCGCCAUUGUCAUAUUGGCACCCGCAACGCAAGCAUUGCCGGCGGAAAUGAAACGUAGGCGAUUGCAGCGUUUGGAUGCUCUCAAAACGCCGACCAUGGUGCGUAUGGGUUCUGCGCCAUGAGCCAACACCCAAGCACUCAUACGCCAUGGUGUACAAAUUGUAAUUAUUAACAAUAAUACGCUCCAAGGUGUCAAGUAUUCAUGGAAAACUAAAUUUCAAAGAGCAAACAAAUUGCGAAAUGUAAAUAAUUGGAAAAUUUAAUGCAUCACCACAAAGUUAUGUUUAUUUUAUAGCUCGCUCUCCAUUUGCAAAUGUAUUUUUAUAUUAAAAACCAUUUAAUUAGAAAUUAAUAAAUAAAACCAACAUUUAAAAAA